AUGUCGGUACAACUCUCUCUCUCUCUCUCUCUCUCUCUCUCUCUCUCUCUCUCUCUCUCUCUCUCUGAUACGCAACGUAUCGUUCCCAUUGAACAUGAGGCUAACGCUUCUACAAAAAAACAAAUUCUUUCUGUGGUAUCAAAACUCUUUGAACCCUUGUCUCCAUACUUUCCCGUCUCAUUGCGGUCAAAUCCUGUUAAUAGUAAGGCCACUCUUUGGGCUACUCAGAUACUACCCUGUCUCAGUCAACGCAGCCAAGAGAUCGCUCGUUCUUCAUUGAGUGCCGCAAUCAUUCAGGAAGUGGAUUUCACAACGGUCCUGCCUCUCGAGACGAUUAGAGUUUUGUUUUCACUGUCACGUUCAUCACCCACCUUCGGAUUAUUGAGAUAUUUUUCUUUCUUUCUUCCUUUCAUUCUUUCUUUUGAUAAUUUUGCUUUCUUUAGCCCUUUCUUUUUCUAUUAUUUUUCCUUUUUUUGUUUUUCUUUUUGUUUAUUUUUGUCUUUUUAUUUUUCUCUUUCUUUCUUUCUUCACCAGACUGUUUACUGCUUUAACCAAUGUCUUUCUUUCUUUUUUUUCUUUCUUUAUCUGACUUGUCUGUCUGUCUGUCUUUCUUUUUCUUUCCUUCUUUCUUUAACUGACUGUCUACUGCUUUAA